AGGUGGCCAUCCGCGUGCACCAUGUGCGGAUGGGUCAGAGGGAUCUCAAAGCAGAGAUAUUCAUCUUGGUCACUUUUGCGGUGGACAGUGCUGCGCUGCUUUGUCUUUUCGAUACCGUGUAUCCCGGAACCAUUCCACUCCUGUCGUUGAUCAGCUCCGUCGAUGCUAACUUUCUCUGUUUCGUGCAACUCUCGACGCUCGUCGCUGCGCUGGCUCAAAUGUUUUACGCUCACUAUAUCGUCAAGGUUGACAGAUCCGCGGGAAAGGGAUUGCUGAUUGGUUUGACGGCGGGUCUUUCUCUUGCUUCGUCUCUAGCGAGAACCAUCUUCGAAUCCACCUCAGUUACCA